AUGGCAUAUGAUAAAAUCGGUGGUCUUGGUGAUCAGAUCAAGAUGAUACGUGAAAUGGUCGAGUUACCCUUACAGAACCCUCAAGUAUUCCUACGAUAUGGGCUUAAACCUCCUCGGGGUGUAUUACUCUAUGGACCUCCGGGAACAGGAAAGACCCUGAUUGCUCGUGCAGUUGCUCAAGAAGCAGGUGCGCAUGCCAUUGUUAUAAACGGUCCCGAAAUUGUGAGUAAAUUCUAUGGAGAAACCGAACAAAAGUUGCGGGAUAUUUUUGCAGAGGCAGAAGAACAUGCUCCCACGGUGAUAUUUAUUGAUGAAAUAGAUGCUCUCUGUCCAAAACGAGAUGAGGCACCAAGUGAACUGGAGAAACGUGUUGUCACAACCUUACUGACCUUGAUGGACGGUGCGUCCGAGUCUGGCCAUCAGCACUCUAGUAAGGUCGUCGUCAUUGGUGCUACAAAUCGUCCUAAUGCUUUGGAUGAGGCGCUUCGUCGACCUGGAAGAUUUGAUCGUGAGGUUGAAAUUGGUAUCCCAAACUCAGUGGGACGAUUAUCUAUUCUAUCCACCCUAAUCAAGUCAACUCCUCAUUCACUUUCUCAACAAGAUCUUGAGAUCCUGGCAGGGAAAUCGCAUGGAUAUGUUGGUGCUGAUUUGGCAGCAGUUUGUCGAGAAGCCGGUCUGAAAUGUAUCAAACGAUGUGCCCAAGCAAAUAAACAAGGCCAUCUAGAUGUUCCCUUGUGCGUCAAUAUGCAAGACAUGCAAGAAGCAAUGGGUGAAAUUAGACCGAGUGCAAUGAGAGAGAUUUUAUUAGAAGUGCCCAAGGUUUAUUGGUCGGAUGUGGGAGGACAAGCUGAUAUUAAACAACGGCUAAAGGAAUCUGUGGAAUGGCCACUAGAGCAUCCAGAGGCAUUUGAACGACUCGGAAUCCGCCCUCCAAAGGGUAUUCUUCUCUAUGGUCCUCCUGGAUGUAGUAAAACACUUAUGGCAAAGGCACUUGCUACAGAAGCAGGCUCAAAUUUUAUUGCUGUCAAGGGUCCCGAGUUGUUUAGUAAAUGGGUUGGAGAAUCUGAAAAGGCUGUCCGAGAAGUGUUUAGGAAAGCGCGCGCUGCCUCGCCUUCGAUUAUCUUUUUUGAUGAAAUUGACGCCUUGACUGUGAAACGUGGAUCAGAAGGAGGAACUUCUGUGGCGGACAGAGUGUUAUCUCAAUUACUCAAUGAACUUGAUGGCGUCGAGGCUCUUGUGAAUGUCACGGUAGUAGCUGCCACAAAUCGUCCGGAUAUAAUUGACGAUGCCCUAUUGCGGCCUGGUCGCAUUGAUCGGAUACUCUAUGUAGGACCGCCUGAUAUCGAUUCCCGCAAAGAGAUCUUUAGGAUACAAAUGAAGAAGAUGUCAUGUGAUACGGAUGUAGACUUGGAGGAACUAGCACUAAAGAGUGAAGGAUGUUCUGGAGCAGAGGCUGUGUCAAUAUGUCAAGAGGCUGCAUUGUUUGCCAUGGAAGAGGAUCUAUCGAUUGACAAGAUUAAGAGACGACAUUUCACAAAGGCCCUAGAGUCAUUCACAAGGAGAAUUACACCAGAGAUGAUCCAGUUUUAUGCUGAUUUCCAAGCACGUUCUGGACUUCAGAGCGUCUAA